UAAACAAACGUUACACAGCCAGAGAGCGGUGAGACUCAGGAGCCAGACUUAAGCUCAACCCGCUGCCACUCAACACCCAGGUCAACAGUCUACAGCCAGAAUGUCUGCAGCCAAACGCGCCAAAGGCAAGACGACGAAGAAGCGCCCCCAGAGGGCGACUUCCAACGUCUUCGCCAUGUUCGACCAGUCCCAGAUCCAGGAGUUUAAAGAGGCGUUUAACAUGAUCGACCAAAAUCGGGAUGGCUUCAUCGAUAAGGAGGAUCUGCACGACAUGCUCGCCUCUCUCGGAAAGAACCCGUCGGAUGAGUACCUGGAAGGCAUGAUGAGCGAGGCUCCCGGUCCCAUUAACUUCACCAUGUUCCUCACCAUGUUUGGAGAGCGUCUCAACGGCACUGAUCCUGAGGAUGUGAUACGAAAUGCCUUUACCUGCUUUGAUGAAGAUGGCUCAGGAUUUAUCCACGAGGAUCAUCUCCGUGAGCUGCUGACCACCAUGGGCGACCGAUUCACAGACGAAGAGGUGGACGAGCUUUUCCGAGAGGCUCCGAUCGACAAGAAGGGAAACUUCAAUUACACCGAGUUCACCCGCAUCCUCAAACACGGUGCCAAGGAUAAGGACGACAUCUAAAAACCACACCCAGUGUUUCAGAAAUCAGUAAUCAGUCAGAAAUGUUUCACUAAUCUCUUUGUAAAAAAUCACAACCAUUUACUGAUUAUUACAGUAAUUGUAUAUGGACAUAAAAACUCCAGAACUAAAAAGAACAUUGAACUGUCUUAUUUUUUAAAUGUAGGUGACAGCCAGGCUUAAUAUCUGUCUGCAAAGUCCUUUAAAAUAGCAGCUUUAUUAACGUGGACACUAAUCGAUGGGUUUAAAAUACUAAAUACUGAUCAAUAUCAUAAUUAAGUGCCGUUGAGUCGAUUCAGGUCCUGAUGACCACAUGGAGAGUUUCUCUUCAGCACCCCGUCUUCUGUUUUGGUCCUCAGGCUUCUUAAUGGCUCAUUCAUUGUUCUCUAAUUGUAUUCAUCCAUCUUGUUGCUGGUCAUGAAUACUGAUCAUGAGAUGCUAAGAGCCGCACUGAUCAAUCAAGAGCAAUUGUAGAGAUGAAGAUAUAUUUUAAUACGUCUGUGAUGAACCCAAUCAUUUUGUACUGUGCUAAAAAAAAUAAAAGGAUCCAGCAAUUUGUUCUAUUUUCA